ACAGUGUUGUCGCAAUUAUGACGUCCUUUUUACUCGCUGUCACAGGGACGACUGGAGUUUCAAGUCCAACGUCCAUCGCUAAUCAACAAUGGCCGAGGAAGGCAUCGCUGCUGGAGGUGUGAUGGAUGUGAACACCGCCCUGCCCGAAGUGCUGAAGACCGCGCUCAUCCAUGACGGACUCGCUCGUGGAAUCCGGGAGGCUGCUAAGGCUCUGGAUAAGCGCCAGGCUCACCUGUGUGUUCUCGCUGCUAACUGCGACGAGCCCAUGUACGUCAAGUUGGUGGAGGCCCUGUGCGCCGAGCAUCAGAUCAACCUCAUCAAGGUUGACGACAAUAAGAAGCUUGGUGAGUGGGUGGGUCUGUGCAAGAUCGACAGGGAGGGCAAACCCCGCAAGGUGGUGGGCUGCAGCUGUGUCGUCGUGAAGGACUACGGCAAAGAGUCUCAGGCCAAGGAUGUCAUCGAGGAGUACUUCAAAUCAAAGAAAUGAAGAACUGAAUAAAAGCCUUUAAGAGA